AUGAAGGUCACCAACCAGGGAGAUGUGUCGGUAUACACAAUAGCCGGUGCUAAUACUGCGCGGCCUUUACCAGACUGGCUCGCACGUCGCCGGAAACGCAGCUUGAAAUCAGACCCCGAGUAUCAAAAUCGAAUUGAACUACUUCAAGACUUUGAGUUUGAGGAAGCCAGCCAGUGUGUUAGAGUUUCUGAGGACAAUGAUUGGAUUAUGUCCACUGGAACAUACAAACCGCAAUUCCAUGUUCACUACCUACCUCAUCUCUCACUAUCAUAUGCGAGACACACCAAGUCUCUCAAUACGACGUUUCUUCUACUUUCAAACGAUUACACGAAAUCCCUACAUUUACAGAGCGACCGAAAACUUGAGUUCCAUACGCCCGCUGGUUGUCAUUAUGAGUUACGCCUGCCUAGGUACGGAAGAGACCUCGUUUACGAUCGGCAUGCUACCGAAGCGUUGAUUCCCUCAGUCGGGUUGGAUCCCGAUGGAAAUGGUGAAGUCUUUCGAAUGAACCUUGAGGUUGGGAGAUUCAUGAAAUCAUAUCAGAUUGAUGUUGGAUCCGACGACGGCGUCGAAGGCGGCUUACAGGGAAGCAUCGGCGUCGGCAGUGUUAACACAGCAGCAGUUGCCGAGAACAGCCACAACCUAUUAGCAUUUGGCACAUCUGUUGGCUCCGUUGAAUUUUGGGACUCGCGAUCCAAGUCGCGAGUUGCUAUCCUUGGCGGCCAGGAGGGUGAAAUAACAGCCCUCGACUUUAACCCCACGGGUCUUUCAUUAGCGACAGGCACAUCCAGUGGGCUUAUUAAACUUUUUGAUCUUCGAAGUCCGAAGCCGCUGUUACAAAAAGACCACGGUCCAGGAUUUCCGAUCAAAAGUCUUAUCCACAUGACUACGUCUUCUCAAGAGAAGAAAGUCCUAUCCGCCGAUAAACAGAUGAUCAAGAUUUGGGACGAGCUUGACGGCGAGACCUGGACCUCCGUUGAACCAUUAGUCGAUAUCAAUUUCGUCACAUGGUGCAAGAAUACGGGAAUGAUCCUUACGGCCAACGAGGGUAAACCCCUUCAUAGUUUCUUCAUCCCACAACUGGGGUCUGCGCCGCGGUGGUGUUCGUUCCUUGACAACAUGGUCGAAGAGAUGGCCGAGGAGGUCAGCACUGAUCAAUAUGACAAUUUCAAGUUCCUGACAUUGCCGGAAUUGAAAUCUCUAAGCCUCGCUCACUUGAUUGGCAAGACGAACUUGCUACGCCCUUAUAUGCACGGUUACUUCGUCGCUUCGAAGCUGUACGACCAAGCUCGGUUGAUCGCCAAUCCUUACGCUAUGGAAGAGGAACGUGCAAAACGCAUUAAGGAGAAGGUUGAAAAGGAGCGCGCUAGCCGAAUCCGUGGAAAUAAGAAGGUUAAGGUCAAUCAAAAAUUGGUUGAUAAGUUGCUCAAGCGACAGGAGAGGAGGGCACACAUCGAUACGAAUGCUGGUGUGCUGGGAGAUGAACGAUUUACUCGUCUAUUUGAGGACGAAGAAUUCAAGAUUGAUGAAAACAGUCGCGAGUUCCAGGUCCUAAAUCCCAGCACGAAGAUCGAUCCGGAGACAGGUGUAAAAAGUACGGUCCCCGGUCCAAAGUUCUCUGACGAGAGCGAAGACCCUAGCAGUACCAGCGAGAGUGACGAUGAGAUAUCUCUUAAAAGGACUGCGCAGAAGGAAAUGGUUAUGCGAGUCAGUUCGUCUAAUCGGGAGAGUAGCCACUUGUCAAGGGAUGCCUCUCUAGGCUCGAGAGCCCAGAAGUCAGGCAGGGUCAACAAAGCCCGAAAUGGCGACAUAGUCGGAGAGAGACAAGUUACAUUCGUGCCGGACUCGAGGAGGAGGAAGAACGAUGAAGCUCCAAAAGCUCAACCAAAAGAUAGACGAAGUGACCCACGACGAAGUGCUAGUACUAAUGUAUUCAGACGGCUUUGA